CAUCAUUCCGACCAUCAGAGCGGAAUGCGCUCUCAUUUCAGUCUCAUUUCAGUCAUGUAGAGCCCUGAUCUGGCAGCGAAGAAAUGUGCUGGAGCCCUGGCCACCCAUAUGCCCCAUUUGCAUUUUAGCUUUGGCAUUAGAAACAAUCAUACCCGCCACUUCAAUUGCUUUGUAAGAGCAGGUGAAGGUGGCCAAACCAUCAUCUCACACACACAUCAUUAUCCAGUAGUUCACUAGAAAACUAUGGUCAUGGCCGCCCAGGACCAAAAGCCGUCGCAGCAGCGGGCACCGGUUCGCGUGGGAUUUUAUGAUAUUGAGCGCACGCUGGGAAAAGGCAAUUUUGCAGUUGUGAAGCUGGCGAGACAUCGCAUCACAAAAUCUGAGGUGGCCAUUAAGAUCAUAGACAAGACCCAGCUAGAUGCGGUGAACCUAGCGAAGAUCUACAGGGAGGUGGAGAUCAUGAAGCUGCUGGACCAUCCUCACAUCAUCAAGCUUUACCAGGUCAUGGAGACCAAAAACAUGCUCUAUCUAGUCACAGAAUAUGCCAGAAAUGGAGAGAUAUUUGACUACCUGGCCAGCCGCGGGCGGCUCAGCGAGAUAGAUGCGAGGAGGAAGUUCUGGCAGAUCCUCUCAGCGGUGGAGUACUGCCACGAACGCAAUAUUGUUCACAGAGACCUGAAGGCUGAGAACUUGUUACUGGAUGCUCACAUGAAUAUGAAGAUAGCAGAUUUUGGCUUUGGAAACUUCUUCCGUCCCGGGGAACCCUUGACCACUUGGUGUGGAAGCCCACCAUAUGCAGCUCCAGAGGUGUUUGAAGGUCAACAGUAUGAGGGUCCGCAACUGGACAUCUGGAGUAUGGGGGUGGUUUUGUACGUGUUGGUGUGUGGCGCUCUUCCAUUUGACGGCCCUAGCCUUCCUGUUCUCAGACAGAGGGUCCUAGAGGGUCGUUUCCGCAUCCCCUACUUCAUGAGUGAGGACUGUGAGCACCUGAUCAGGAAGAUGUUGGUUCUUGAUCCAGCCAGACGUUUGUCCCUGAGUCAGAUCAAAGAACAUCGCUGGAUGGUGCAGGAGGUCCCGUCCCAGCGGCCUGUGCUCUACAGACAGGGUUUGCCCUGCGAGAGCAAAUCAGGCUUGGGUGAGCACAGUGAGCAGGUCCUGCGACUCAUGCACAGCCUUGGCAUCGACCAGCAGAAGACUAUUGAGUCUCUCCAGAACAAAAGCUAUAACCACUUUGCUGCUAUCUACUACCUGCUUGUGGAGCGGUUGAAAGCGCAUCGCAGCAGUUUCCCUGUGGAACAGCGUUUGCACGCCAGCCAGCGCCGCCCUAGCACCGUCGCUGAGCAGACGGUUGUCAAGACCAUGGCGGUUCCCUCCCAAGCGUGCGUCCCUCCUCAGGCAGCACGUCACCUGCGUUCACCUGUUCUGUUGCAGUCCACCACAGACACAUUUACCUUCCCACAAACCCCUGCUUCCCCAGAUCAGACGCUCAUUGAGGAAGACGUGGCCACUCCCAAGGUGGACGGCUGCUUACUGGACCCACUCCCUCCAGUCGUUGUCCGCAAAGUCAGCGGCUCGUUGCCUAGCAACGUCAUGGAGACGUCCAUUGAUGAGGGCAUUGAGGCAGAGGAGGAGCACACUGUGCCCCUAGCCGCCUUUCAUACAGCUCGCUUCAGUCAGCGCCGGCACACACUGUCUGAGGUCACCAACCAACCUGCUGUGCCGCCUAUCACAGGUCUGAACCCGUCCCUCGGCAGCAUGGACUCAGAGUACAGCAUGGGUUCAACACAAAGUGACUUCAGCUUGCCUGAAGAGAAUCCAGCUCAAAGCACUACACCUGCCAGCUCUACAGUUCCAGUCUUCCUCAGCAUGAAGCCUCCUGAACCCCUGCAGCCGCUCAACACAGAGGGGCGGGACGCUCAUAAUCACUCACUAGUCAGUUUCAGAGAGGGGCGAAGGGCUUCAGACACCUCACUCACUCAAGGUUUAGUGGCAUUCAGACAGCACCUUCAGAACCUGGCCAGGACCAAGGGCUUCCUGGAGCUGAACAAAGCCCAGAUAGUGUUAGGAGAUGGUGGACUCCCCACCGUCAGUCCACAGGACUAUCCAUUCAGUCACCAGGGAGAAGGACGCCAAUGUCUAAGUGGAAAAGAUACGUUGACAUUCACGGGUAAAAUGCACCCUUAUUUGCUAUCCAGGAGACAGAGUUUGGAGACGCAGUACCUCGCUCAGCGACUACAGAGGGCCAGUCAGUUGGCAAGUGGUCUUGGAAGUGGGCAGAUGUUUUGUAAAGAGGCUUCACCACGCACUUUAGAGCAACAACUCCAAGAGCACAGACUGCAGCAGAAGAGGCUCUAUCUCCAGAAGCAGUCUCAGGUACAGGCCUACUUCCACCAGAUGCAGCUGGCAGAGGAUGGUUACCCCCCUCCCCAGGACUGCAGAGACCCCCAGAACAGUCCCCUGUCCAGCCCUCCCUUCACAUGGACCCAAACGUCCCUGGCGUACGGCCCCAAGUCAACCCGCUUUCCAGACUGGCCUCCGCCACCAAACAAUCAAACAAACUACACUCCGUCCCUCCCUUCAGAGCCCCUGUACGCAUGGAUUCCUGGCCAGCCGCCUCUCCCCACGGGCAAAGCAGAGAGCCCCCCGGCACAACACACACCUGGAGCUUCUUUCCUGGACUGCGAGAUGGUGGAGACCGUAGAGGCCCCACAGGGGUGUGUACUCGUAAACUAAAUGUGAAAUAAAGCACUCUGAGGCUGGCUCUCAGACACAAGUGUGGUGAAAAAAGCUCCCUCAGGGACGAACAAAACGCCAUGGUUUGGGUCACAUCUUACAGAUGUGUACUUGAUGCUUUGGCAGACCCUUACAGACCUUCAUUUUCAAAGAUGGUUGCGAGAUCCGCUAGUGUCCCGAUACGUUUUUUUCUUUUUCUUUCGGUAAGCACAUAUGAAAUGUAGUGCAGGUACCAUAGAGUUUAAAAAAUCAGUAUUAAAGCAAUAUUCCUUUUCCUAUAUAAUAGAGUUCUAUGAGUUUCAGUGUUUUUAUAAGUAGUUUGUUUAAUACUUAAAUGAUUAGUAGCUACUCAAGUUUUCAUUAUUAGUAGUGUGUGAUUUUUAAAUAAUAGAUCAUUAACAAGGAAAUGUGUAAAUAUAAGGACGAUAAAAAAAGAACUAUUAGAAAUAAAGUCAGCAGGAAACAAUUUCUUAGUAAAAUGAUGAACUUUUUACCCAGACAGCAACAUAGUGUCGGCCCACAUCUGGUACACGUAGAAUCCACACGGCCACAUGUUGUUGUCUGGGUAGUAAAACAGGUAUUAAUGGAGAACAAAAUAUAGAGCAAGACCUAAGUACUACUAAGAUGCUAUUCUAUGGAAGGAGGCUUGUUUCCACCCAAAUAUAUAUAUAAAGAAUUUUUUUUUUAGAUAAUUGUGACUUUUUAUUUCACAAUUGCAAGUUUACAUCUUUUCUUGUGAGAAAUAACAGCAUAAUUAGAUAUAACCAUAAGCUCACAAUCAAUUUUGACUUCUUUUCCCAGUUAUAAUAAUGAGUUAUAAAGUUUUUCUCUGAUUCACAAAAUUUGGACUUCAGAGGAAAAAAUACUGACUUUUCUCUCGGAAUUGCAAGUUUAUAUCUCCUAGUUGGGGAGAUAUUGUAUAUUUUUAAACCAUAGAUGCAGAAAAAAACAAUAAAAUGGUUGAAAUUUGUAUAGGAUUUGGCGGCUAUUACGUGGAAAUCUUCUACAUGGAAUCCCUCAAUCUCUUCCUAAAAUUCACUGCCUGGACUCAGUCCCACCAUAGUUCCAGCCCUGCGUCUAACGCAUGUUUACAAAGUAAAACAUUGGAGAAGUUGAGUAGUGGAACGCAAAAACGCUUUCUGUUUAAAUGGCCUUGAACACUUUACAAUUUGAUUUAAGAUCCAAUUUGUAAACAUUUGAUAAUUACAUAUAAAUGAACAAACUAUAAUUUUCAGCAUUUAUUAAUCUAGGUUAAUGUUAAUUUAGACAUAAAGCAGUUGAAAGUGUAUUAUUUAUAUUCACAAACAUGAAUUAACAAUACAAAUUACCUUUAACCAAGAUUAAUAAAUGCUGCAAAAUAUUGUUUUUCGCUUAUUUCAUGAUACCCAAAGCAGUAAAUAAUGGUAAGAUAUUCAAACUUAUUGUAAGUAUUACAUUGCCUAAACAACUGUUUGACGGCUGGUUAACAUUAACCAAUAAGCAUGCAUGACCUAGGUGAUGUCAGCAGACAAAAGUGCUGAGCAAUGAUAUAAUAUUAAAUCAUCUGUGGAAUAAUAUGCACCGAUGGUUGCGCACAGUAAAACCAAACAACAUGUUAAAGAAAAUAAGGUUAAUUUUGGUUUCAUGUUGACUUUACAAUUACACUACCUACUUUGGACUCUUCGAAGUGGACUGGAAAAGUAGAAAAGAACAAGGUUAAAGUUGAGAUACAUGGAUUUAACCAAUCAGAAUCAACAUACAAUGAUCUCACACAGCGUGCACUACUACUCAAAACUGUUUGUUUUUUUACUUAAGUGUUGUGCCUUUCGAUUCUUAUUGUUCCUUUCGAAGAAUGUCUUGUUAUUAGAUUUAAUUCUUCAAGUAAAACUUCCUGUUUGGAAAUGCAGUACGAAGUACUCUCUUUUAAAAGAUACCUUGAACCAAAGUCUCCAUUUAGGUUCUUUUUUAAAGUCCACUAUGUGGAUUUGUUUUUUGGAACCAGCUACAUGAGAUAGUUGUCAUGGUCCUACAAUAUAUUCAAAAGUAUAGCAAUAUCUAGAGAAAUAAUUCUGAUGUUCAAAAUAUGGGUGUUGGUAGUGAGUGUUGUCAUUUUAUGCCUUUGGAGGAAAAAGAUCUUAUCGUGACUAUUUAAAAUUUGUAGUCAGUCUUUGACUAGUGUUGAUAUUAUUACUGACAUUGAAGAGUGAAAUGUUUUGUUAUAGUCGGUUUUCAGUGAUAAGAUGUUUCCUAAUAAGUAAUCACAAUAGGAAUUGUGUUAUAUUCAGUUGAAAAUGCUGAGUUUCUUGCACAAGGGGAAAUAAAGGUCGCACUCUCCUUGACUGAAA